UUGUAUAGCUAAUCAGUUUUGUAGUUCUCAUAAGAGAAAUAUUAUAACGUUUGUGUGAUCAAUAUGAACUAAAUGCUUAUUGUGAUAUAUAUGGUACACAAAAGAGAAUGUGCCAUACAUACCGGUAACACUGAACGGUUGUUGGUUGUGAACAGGCAAAUACUCAAGGAAACAAUUUUUUCUUUCGAUGUACAGUAUAAGGAUGCAGUGUUUAGUUUCAGAAAUUAAAUGCAGAUACAUAUAUGUAGACAUGGAUAUUUAAAACUGCUUACUGAAGGAUUCCUUUUUUUUAAACUAAAUCGUCAAACCGUUUGGGCUGUCAUGUAGUUUAAUAAACUGCAGUGAAAAAACACACACCAUAUAAAGCGUUGUUUACACUCAAACCUUCAUGGAACAUUGCUGGGUGUUAUUAUAAUCUUUGUCUUUAUUUGAAGGUUUAAUAACUGAAUUGGAAAAAAGUAUUUAAAAUGGGUACGAGAAUUGUGAAUAUAAAAUGAAUUUUGUAUUGCGUGAGAAAUCAGUUUGGUGUUCAGUGAGCCAAAGCGUCCCAAUAACAGACGACAUAAUUAUUUAUCAUGACGUCACAGAGUUCGAGUGUUAUUCAAACUUCUGCAACUGUUACUUGGACUUUGCCAUGUUAUCAAUGAAUGUUGAAUCGUCCAUUUUCCUUUAAGAACUGAUAUGUAUUUGUCAUUUGGUUUUAUUGUAAUAUCCAUGUCUCUUAAACCGGAAAGUUAUGUUCCAUCUUCGAGAUGGUGAAUUUAUGGAGGUAUGGAACUCAGUCCAGUACCCCGCUCAGUGCGGACUCUUCCAGCAGUUUGCAUUCUGAACUGCCCAUGUACAUAGGAAUCAGUCUGGGCGGUGGGGUGCUGUUAUGCCUGAUUAUUUUAGUGACUGUCAUCUGCUAUAAACGAAGAGCGUUCACCUAUACGGGCAACAGACGCGCUAGCGGCCGACAGCUGUUUAUUCGGGGUUUCAGUUUCGCGUCCAAUCGUGGAGUCAUUGACAGUACGGCAGAGUUCGAGUUUGACACAUCCAGGUACAGCCCAGAAGGGAGUCCUUGCGUGAACGCACAAAACGCAGCUGACGUCUCCAAAUCUAACCGCGCUCCGAAGAAACCGAACAGGCGCAAAACGCGAACGUCUUCAUCCAACGCCAAGUACGAGAACGUAACGCUGGAUCCGGUCACGGGCAAAAUGUUGCACAAAAGCGACACUAUGAAUUCGGACAUUCCAUACAUGGAUUCAACAAUGGAGAGUCGCCUGUCACACGAUGAUACUCUGGAUGACGUGUUUAUAUAGCCCGUUUUAGGCAAAGUGACUGUCUGUCGGAUAUCAAUAUGAAGUGACUGUAUGUCGGAUAUCAAUACAUGGAUUCCAUUUUGAAGAGCCGACUUACGCUAUAUUGUCUUGUUCUGAGAAAACUGGGCUUAAUGCAUAUGCGUAAAGUGCCGUCCCAGAUUAGCCUGUGCAGUCCACACAGGCUAAUCAGGGACGACACUUUCCGCUUUUAUGGUAUUUUUAGUUUGAAGGAAAUCCCUUCUUACCGAAAAUCAAGUUUAAGCGGAAAGUGUCGUCUCUGAUUAGCCUGUGCGGACUACACAGGCUAAUCUGGGACGACACUUUACGCACAUGCAUUAUAACCAGCUUUCACAGAACAAGACACGUAUUAUAACUAGAUAGCAACGUGUUUUAUUGCCCGUUUCGGAUAAACAUCGACAUUUUACAUGUGCUUCUGACUUUCUAUACAUUGAUUCAACUUUGAAGAGCCGUUUGUCACACAAUGAUAUACUAGAUUGCAACUAGUUUGUAUAGCCGGUUUAAGGAUAAGAAGGAUAUUGUAAAUGACAACGUGAUUGUACAUUUAAAAACGUUUGCAAAAUAAUUAUACACAACUACGUGAUUGUGUGCAGUUUACUGUACGUAGACCUUUGAUACGAUGGACUUUUUCGUCAUUUGCGGCUCAGGUAGAAGUGUGUGGUUCGCAUCGACUGGAUACGUGUGCUCUUACAUUGUUUUCGAAGUUCACAAAACCGUUCUUAAAAUAUUUAUUUCGCUAUUAUUAUAUUGGUAACUUUGUUUGAUUACAUUAAUAUUAAGGCUUGUCUUGGACAUAAAUAUUUAGGCUUGUCUUUGACGAGUACUGAAUACUAGUUUUAAUUACCACUGCCAUACAUUCGACCCUUUCAUUACACUAUAUUAGGUAAUUAUUAA